GACAGCGAUCUGCUAUCUUGUAACUUGACACCCGACUUCCACAAUCUCUGUCUUACUAUUCUUCUAUUGCAACAAUGGUACACCUCCAUAAAUCCGAGCUCAAUAAGCCAGGUGGCGUUGAGGGUUCCGGCCAAAUAGGGAUGCAGGGAAUGGAGAAAUUGGAUGGCGGGAUUGCCGAGGCCUUCAAAGAGAGCGUAGAACGUUCCAAUCCAGAACAUCCUGAUAAUCGCAAUGAUGUCACCCAGGGCAUUCAUGGGCAUAUCCAACACUUUGCGCCCGGCCACCACUCCUGGCUGAACAAAUUCGUGCCUCAGCUGCAAGCCCUCGCAGCCAAGUAUCAUGUCGGCAACUACGUCGCAAUCAGAGGCACCAAUGAACGAAUUUUCGAAAGCAUGCCAAUCUACGCGCGUUUGGGCAUGCAUCUCCUAUUUUAUGGGAAAGAGCAGGUGAAGCUUUUGGAAGGAAACAAGCGCGUCGAGGAACUCCUGAUGGAGCAGAGCAAGCGCGAGGGGCAGAUCUAUGACUCGCCAGAGUCUAUAAAGAACAUCCCGUCAUUCAUACGCACUUACAACAUCGACACAAGCGAGCUGCUGUACCCGCCCGAAAGCCCAGCAUACAAGAAUUUCAAUGACUUUUUCUACCGGAAACUCAAGCCUGAAGCCCGCCCUGUGCAGAAUCCUGAUCAUGAAUUCUGCAGCGCUGCCGACUGUCGGCUUGUCGUAUACCCUACAGUGCACAAUGCGCAGACUUUUUGGAUCAAGGGGGACGAAUUCACAGUUCCUGCCCUCCUAGGAUUAGACAAAUCCGAUCCACUCUGUCGGGCGCUUGAAGGUGGCUCUCUCGCGUCAUUCCGCCUUGCGCCUUCAGAUUAUCACCGCUUUCAUUCGCUUGCGGAUGCCACUGUUGUUGGUGAACCAAGGGAUAUUCCUGGACAGUAUUAUACAGUCAACCCUCAGGCAGUGAACGAGAAAAAUCUCGACGUGCUAUCUGCCAACAAGAGAUCGGUUCUCGUCCUGAACCACGACGCGACGAAUAAGAAGAUCGCGUUUGUUGCAGUCGGUGCCUUGCUCGUCGGAAGCAUCAAGUGGACUGUUUCGGCGGGUUCCAAGGUUCAGCGCGGAGAUGAACUUGGGUUCUUCGCGUACGGAGGCAGCACUGUCGUUGCUAUCCUUGAGCCGGGGAUGGUUGAGUGGGAUUCCGAUCUUGUUGCCAACUCUUCGCCGCUGAAGCUGGGUCAACUUGGAACCGAGACUAUGGUGAAAGUUGGUUGGUCUGUUGGGAAGGUGCCCGGCGAUAAGAAGUGAACAGAAACUCUCUAUGAAAGGUCAUGAUUUAUUAAAUGUGAGCGCUUUUUAUUUUCCAAAUGAUGUAUCAUCACGACCUUUGAACGAUUCAAAUACGUGCAUAAGUACGCGAGUUUGCAAGUAGUUCACGCAAGUCCAUCUCUCCACGGGCAAAACUGAAAAGGAAGACAAAAUAGAAUGGGGUUCAAACGUAUUAGGCGAUGCACUGGCCGUGACUCCAAAGCUUGGUCAUUUUAGGUGGCCCCUG